AUGCUCCACGAGCCGGAUGCAAGAAGGAUGAAAGAAUACGUGCAGGAACUUUACAUUUACAUCGCAUUCAUACCAGAGGAUGAGAUACACCUGCUUGGAGCAGACCUUAUUGAUCAUGUGGGGUACAAAAGAAAUAGGGCAGGAAAGGGUCACAGGAACCAGGGAUACGGAACGGCAAUGAAGGCUAUCUCUGAGUUAGCUACACUUCAUUAG